GAUGAUCGCCAUAAGAUGCCAGAACGUCUCAAGGAUGUCGGCGAGGCCGAGGAUCCGGAUUUCUUCAAGAUGGUCGAGUACCAUUACCACCGUGCCGUCAUGGUGAUGGAGGACUCCUUCAUGGAGGAACUCCGGAAGUACCACCACAUGUCGGAGGAGGGCAGAAAGAGGCGCGUCAAGGGGAUCAUAUCUGUCAUGUCCGUUUGUCAAAGCACCUUGGAGAUAUCCUUUCCCAUCCGAAGAGACGCCGGGGCGUACGAGAUGAUCACCGGAUACAGGGCGCACCAUAAUACCCACAGGCUACCGUGUAAAGGAGGAAUGAGGUUCGGCAUUGACGUUACUCGAGAUGAAGUCCGAGCUUUGGCGUCGCUGAUGACUUUUAAAUGCGCGUGCUGCAACGUCCCUUUUGGCGGAGCCAAAGCUGGUGUCGUGAUCGACCCGAAGAAGUAUUCGGCAAACGAGCUGCAGAAAAUCACCAGGCGAUUUACCCUAGAACUUGCGAAGAAGAACAUGAUCGGACCUGCUAUUGAUGUUCCGGCACCUGAUGUUAAUACUGGACCUCGGGAAAUGUCGUGGAUGGCGGACACCUAUGCCAAGACCCUGGGGAUGAACGACAUUAAUUCACAUGCCGUGGUGACUGGAAAGCCGAUUAAUCAAGGAGGAGUUCAGGGUCGUAACGAAGCUACCGGGAGAGGGAUUUAUCACGCGGUGGACAACUUCUUAUCGGAGGAAAAGUGGAUGUCACAAAUUGGUCUCACCACUGGAUUUAAAGACAAAACGUUCAUUGUGCAAGGAUUCGGUAACGUGGGUCGUUUCGCUGCUUUGUAUUUCUCUCAGGCUGGCGCUAAAUUCGUCGGGGUGAUCGAAAAAGACAUUUCCUUGUACAGUGAAGAAGGCAUCGAUGCAGAGGCUCUUAUCAAACACAUGAAUGUGAAAUUGACGAUCAAGGGUUUCGAAGGGGCAGCGGAGUUUAAGGGUGGCAGGGAAUUGAUGUAUGAAAACUGUGACAUAUUGGUGCCAGCGGCUGCUGAGAAGUUGAUUAAGAAAACCGAUGCAGAGAAAAUACAGGCGAAGAUCAUAGCCGAGGGCGCAAAUGGACCGUGCACGCCGGCAGCCGAUGAAGUCUUUCUCAAAAGGAAUAUAUUAGUGAUUCCAGAUUUGUACAUGAGUGGUGGAGGUGUCACCGUGUCGUAUUUCGAGUGGCUGAAAAAUCUAAGUCACGUAUCGUAUGGUCGAAUGCACUUCAAAUACGAGAGGGAAUCAACUUUCCACUUGAUGGACUCGGUGGAACAUUCUUUGCAGAGCAAACUCAAGGGAGUCCGGAUAAAGCCGACGAAGGAUUUCGAAAAAAGAUUAACGGGGGCAAGCGAGAGGGACAUCGUCAACAGCGGGUUAGAUUCUUCGAUGGAGAACGCAGCAUUUCACAUUAUGCAAACCGCGGAGAAACACAACCUCUGUCUGGAUAUUCGAAGAGCUGCGUAUUGCUACGCCAUCGACAAGAUUUUUAAAACUUACGAGGAAGCUGGUCUCGCGUUUUAG